CUGUCCCUUAUGUCUCUUGGUGGGGAACAGAACAGGCUUCCCAGAGCAUCACUGGAGACCAGACAGAGCUCUAGGGAGGACACCAUAGGUGCAGACCUUCAUGCAACCCCAGCCUCUACAGUGGAUGCCAAGAUAAGCACAAGGAGAGAAAGCGUACACCUACUCACGCUGGAGUAAAACAUCCAGGAGUCCAAAACAGGAGGUGGAACUUAACAGCUGGACAGACCAAGAGGCCAGUUUUGAGUUGAAGGCGCCACAAUCAGCAGAUCAAAAUCAAGAGCACUGGACCGGAUCACUAAGAAAAAGGGAGAGAAAGGUGCCAUAUACAUAAGAAAAUGAUGCUGAGCUGUUUUCCAUGUGGGAAGAACGUGUGUCUGGACUAACACUGCAGUGGAACACUGAGGACAGCAGAAAUGUUCCCAGGGUGUGGAGUGGUCACUGGCCAGAACCAGUGCUUUACCAAAGAUGCUGUCAGGCCCCACCCAGGGCUUGACUCAAACGGACUGGUCAAAAUGGAGAAUGGGAUAAUCCUGGGGACGUUCCCGGUCUUCCAGGGUCAAACUUACAGCAAUGCGGGCCAGCAAGCAUCAGCCAAUGUUUCCAGCCCGCUAAAGUCAGCACCACUACUGGUCCCUCCCCGUGCACUCAAACUAGGGCAGGAAGGGUUCAAGAAAGUCUGUCGGACUGAGGAGGACAGUCCCUGUCCCUUUCCAGGACUGGCCGCUGGGGUGCUGGAGAUGCGUGUGAAGGAAGGAAGUAAAAUCCGUAACUUAAUGGGAUUUGCCAUGGCACGGAUGCAGGGAGAAAAGGCUGUAAGUGGGGGAGAUGUGAGUAGUGGUGGGCUGAGGCAGGUGGUCUUCACAGGGUCAGGUCGUGCAGUCACAAAGACAAUCACCUGUGCUGAGAUCAUGAAACGAAAAGUGGGCUCUCUGCACCAGCUGACCAAACUGCAGUACAAGGUGGUGAAAGAGGUGUGGGAGAGUAGUGAAGAGGGGACAUCUGAGAUGACAGUGCGCAGGACUGUGCCCUCCAUCAGCAUCCUUCUUUCCAAAGACCCACUGGAUCCCCAGGAACCAGGCUAUCAACCUCCGGAGACCCUUAGUGCAUUGUGGGAGGAGAAAGACGGUGUCGAAUCUGCCUCGCAGACAGCAUGCAAGAGACCUCUCGGACCUUUGUCAUACAGCAGUUUCACACACUGUAAGAGAGUAUGUUUGGGGGAAGGAGUCUCAGUCCUCCCUCCUCAAUGACUGGCUGAGCCAGCGUCAAACAGUGGAGAGGACUGAUUCAGAGGAGUUCAUUCGGCGCUGCCCUCCACUCAAGCACAAUGCUGAGACAAUCAGAACACUCACUCAGACAGAACAAUGCUUUCUCAGAAGAACUGAGUAGCAAUUCCAGCCUCCAGAGGUCAGUUUGACUGGAACCUAAAAGCUUGCCUCUGUGUACACAUAGCAUUUAUGGGAGGUGAUUUUCAACACGCCCAACAUGGUCUCUCACAUCCACAAAACUGUGAUGAAGUGUGCUAGCGUGCUAUAAAAUCUUUAACAGGUUCAUAUACCAUUUUACACUGACAAAAGAAAAAGCCAUGGAUUGCACAGGCUUCAGAUUCCUGGUUGCAGUAAACUAUCUACAGCCUGUGGACAAAAUCAUUUAGUAGCAUCAUGUCACAAUCAUCUCUAUUCCUCUAUGAUCUUAAGUGUAGCCUUUAAAAAUUCACAAGGUAGACCCAAGAACAUAAAAUAUAAACAGCUUAAAGCCACAGACAUA